UUCAUCGGUUCUAGAACGUGCGCGGCCGUGACAGUCCGAGGAAACGCUUUAAUAAUAUAUUUUUCGGGUAAAAAUCUCGCGUGUGUGUGUUUUUACUUUCGAGAGCGACCGGCCGGGGGACGAUAAAUCAUUCCGAACAGUGAAUCGCAGUUUUCAGUUUCCAAGGGAUGCAGUUCCGCGAGGAUACGAGUUCAUUCUUUUCCGCUACGUACCUUCGACGAAGAGGAAAUAUCCUUCGGGAUCCUUCGCCAGUACACGGAGCGCCUUUAUAGUCAUUUCAGCCAGCGAGGGGUCACCGGUCCCGUUCGUGUUUCGGUCGACGUCGAAGUCCAUAUGGGAAUAGGAAAACAGUCCUGGAAUCAUCGAACGCCGUGAAACGGUAGCCAGUGUGCGCGAAAGAUAUCCAAAGAAUGGACAAGCAGCCGAGGACAGUCGAAACCGAGCGAGAAGUCGGCGAAAAUCCGCGGAGGAAAGCUAGAAAGCAAAACAAGAUGGCGGAGAGAGAAACGGAGCCAAAGCAGCAACAGCCAAUGGAGGCCGAAAAGCAGUCAGCCGAGCAAUGCGAUUCGUCGAUUCGGCCCGGAACGAGCAACGUGGACGGAUGGAUGUUCAAAAAACCGAAAACGCGCUGGAGACGUUUGUUGGAGAUGAUUAGGAUCGCCUUCAGUAGGCGGAAGCGGCUCUGCGACGCAUCGGACGCGCAAAAGCUACCGAAAAAAGAAUCCAUCGAGCCACCAGCAGGUCCAGAAGGUGUUAUAACUCAAGUGCCAGUGGACUCCGAAGUAUAUCACAUGAACCAUAAAAGAAGAGGCGUCGUUCUAAUCUUCAAUCACAUCAAUUUCAAGAGGAUGGCGUCGAGAAAAGGCUCGGUUAAGGACAGCAAGGAUCUGACGGAGACGUUUAACCGACUCGGCUUCGAAAUCCGAGAAUACGUCGAUACUACUGUUCCAACGAUCGUGUCGAUUCUGAAGUCCACCGCUGCGGAAGACCACACGGAUGCUGACUGUCUGAUCGUAGUGACUAUGUCGCACGGGGAGUCGGGUUUUGUGUACGCCGCUGAUACGAUGUAUCCCGUCGAUAUGCUGUGGGCUCAAUUCACCGGUGACCGAUGCGCCACCCUGGUCGGCAAGCCUAAGCUGUUUUUCAUUCAGGCUUGCCGUGGGGCGCGCCUGGACAACGGGGUGGAGAUGAAAGUUGUGCACGAGACGGAUAGCGCGGAUGUGUAUCGCAUUCCCACCCACGCGGAUAUCAUGGUCGCGUAUUCCACUUUCGACGGGUUCUAUUCGUGGCGGAACCCGGACAGCGGCUCCUGGUUCAUACAGGCGCUCUGCGAGGAAUUGAAUCAGAACGGACGGACCCGUGAUCUACUCACCAUAAUGACUUUCGUCAACCGGCGAGUCGCCAUUCAAUAUCAAUCGUUCGUGCCCCAGGACGAACAUUUCCACCAGAGAAAGCAGAUCCCCUCCAUUGUCUCCAUGUUGACGCGGUUAGUAUACUUCGGUGAAAAAGCACUUUAAUAUGCGUCGGCGCGCUCCGGCCACGGAAGAAAAGAGGAACCGACAACAAGCGGCGGCGACAGGCGGCGGCAGGAACGGCGACCGAUUCAAUACUGGGUCGAAGAAAUUUCGUGGGCCACCGGCUUUCGGGUAUUCAGACUUAAAUCCACGGGAUCCCCUCUUGUUACCAUGGGCGAGAGGGAGAGAGGGGGGAGAAAUAGAGAAAGAGAGAAAGCGAGAGCGAGAGCAAGAGAGAAAGAGAGAGAGCGAGAGAGAGAGAGAGAAAGAGAGAGAGCGAGAGAGAGAGAGAGAAUUUUCCGCCAGAAAAUGUUUCCUUUCGGCUUUUUUUUGUUAUCGGAGACGCGCCGUUGCACACACAUAUACAUACGCACGCAAGCGCGCGCGGGUACGAUCGGACUCCAUCGGACUUCGGAUAAUAGCCGCGCAGCAUUUAAUCAUCGAGUGCGUAACCACCGCCGAGAAAAUAGGGAAUUUCCGAUCCGAACGUUAAUUAAUGCCCCCUAUUAAUUGAAACGGCCGAUGUAAACGCUGCGGGGUGAUGCGCAGAUUAUGGAUUGCGCUGCGUUUGUGCGGGGGAAACGAUACCGACGGGAUCGAUGCUGUUUUAAAUUGACGUAACAAUCGAUGGUAAUGGCACGGGGAACGUUCCCAAUAAUGUUUGCAAUAAUGUUUUAUCGAUGCCUGGGAUCGACGGACCUUUCGGGGUCGAUGAAUCGCUCCGAACGAAUCGAAUUCCGAGCGAUUUCUCGUCGUCGAUCUUGAAUUAGCGAGAAUUUUAAUUUAUACCAAGCUAUAUUUUAUUUAUACAGACGAUUUCACUCGUGGCUGAUAAUCCUUUCGGUAAAGGAUCUUUCGAUCGAAUCGCGAACGAUUUCUUGACCGGUGAAUGCCAAGUAAUGGGAAAUGUAAUUUAAACUGAUUGUUCAGCAAUUUAUUUGCGGGCGCGAUUAUUUGUUGCAGAUGUUCUGUUCAAUAAGAUAUCGUAUUUCAAUUGCGUUGCAUCUAAAUUACUCUCGCGAUUAAAGUAAUCGGCAAUUGAAUUGAUUGCGAGCUUUGAAUUAUGUAAUUCGAUUAGAACGUAUUUUAAUCACUAUGUAAUUGAGAUGCAACGCAACUAAAUUGCGAAUUUAAAUCGCAAUGUAAUCGAAUUGGCACAACUCUGCUGCGAAUUACAUUUCUGUUAAGUAAAUGGCAAGUAUUGUUCAACUGUUCGUGAAAUUAAGAACCCGCCGAGUCAGCUGAAACGAACGGUAUCACGUUUUUUUAUUUUUAAGUUAGUGACAUGAUUGAACAAACAUCUUGAUGCAAGCAAACGAUAUGAUAAAAAUGACAAAACAUCCGAGUACAUUCGGUUUCGUUAUUCUAAAAAAAGGACAAACACCAAUUACACGCUCUUAUUAGUUGCUAGGUUCAGUGUUAAAAAAGAUAUUCUGACGACAUUGUACAAAAAAAAGGUAUUAUUCACAAAA